CAAUGACCCAGCUCUGGAAUCUUCUUGGUCUCAUCUUGUCAUUUUAGAAAGAUCCAAGAAGCACUAAGGAACUACGAGGGCAACGAUCGUAGACAAUUUUUGUCCUUUGGCCACUACUAGCUGUAAGCUUGAGAAUUCAGGGGAGAUAGUGUUUGAACAUGGACAUUAUCAGUCAACUUUCGGAUGAUUUGCUCUUGCGAAUAUUGUCAUGUGUUCGGACAAAAGGUGUUGCGGCCACAAGUCUUUUGUCCAAAAGAUGGCGGUCCCUUUGGAUGUUAAUCCCGAAUCUUGAAUACGAUGAUAGCACUCACAUUGGUGACUACAAGUCCUUCUCGCAGUUUGUUUACAGGUCCUUGCUAUCAAAUAAGGCACCCGUUCUAGAAUCUUUGCAUCUGAAUCUUGGCGCUGACUGUCCUGUUAUAGAUAUUGGAUUAUGGAUCGAUAUUGCAGUUAGUCGCCGUGUGCGUGAGUUGGAAAUUUCUAUUUCUUCAUCCGUGAAAGGCUCUGUUAGUGUUAGUUUGCCGAGUAGCCUAUAUUCCUCCGAAACGCUUGAGACCCUGAGACUCAUCAGUUGCGUUCUUUUGGAUGUUCCUGUUCACGUUCGUCUCCCGGCUCUCAAAACUCUGAGCCUUAGGCUUGUUGAUUACAUAGACGACACGGCUCUACCACGUCUUUUAUCCGGUUGUUCAAGACUUGAAGGGUUGCUUGUGGAACGAUAUGAUGGAGACACAACAACGGAUGUCACUGUUGUGAUCCCUUCUUUACAAAGAUUAACUAUGUUGGACCAAAAUUCUGGAACAGCUGGUCGGUUUGUGAUAGAUGCUCCUUGUUUGAAGUAUCUUAACAUUAAAGAUUGUGUGCUUUACAACUUUCGUCAAAUUGAGAAUACGCCUGAGUUGGCUGAGGCACAUGUUGAGAUUACUCAUGGAGCUACUCAGAAGUUUCUGAGUGCUCUUACUUCUGUCAGACGCCUUUCUCUAUGUUUAUCACUUUCAGAGGUUAUGCAUCCUUCUGGUAUGAGUUUCAAUCAGCUUGUUCAUCUGGACUUGUAUACAAUUACUAAAGGUUGGUGGGAUCUACACAUGCUCCAAGAUUCCCCCAGGCUACAAGCUCUCAAACUUAUCGAUAAACAUGAUUCUGGUUGUUCUGCCAAAGAACCCCCAAUUGGUUGGAAGCCGUCGAACUCUGUUCCCAAGUGUUUUUUGUUUAGUCUCGAGGCUUUUGUGUGGAUCGGGUACAAAGGGAGACAAGGUGAUAGAGAGCUGGCAACAUAUGUCUUAAAGAAUGCUGCUUGUCUGAAGACAGCUACUUUCUCUCCAGAAUCUACUAAUGUGGGAGACAAGUAUCAGAUGCUCAAGGAGUUGGCAUCUGUACCUACAGCUUCAAUAUCGUCUCAGCUUCUUUUCGACUGAACAAUUAUCAUACAUUUAGUUCUCUUGGUAUCUUUUCUUAUGGCUGUUUUUAGUUUUUGGUUGGAACUAUUAAGUGGAUUUGGUCUGAAGGUUACAAUCUUUUAUCAGAAGCGCUUAUUGUAGCUUCUGAUGUAGUUCCUCUGCAUAUUUUGCCGUAGUUUAUUAGUAAGCAGAAUAAUGAGGAUUAGAU